UUUUUAAAAAAAUAACUGUAAUAGAUUUGAGUCUUAAACCUGUUUUUCACCAGUUCAGAUUUAAAGCUUAAACUCAGAAUAAAGCAGAAAAGUUUCCUAAAGCGUUCUCUUCUGCCUGAAAGGUUCUGUGUAGAACCCUUAAUCAUACACUAUGUUGCCAAAAGUUUUGGGACGUCUGUCUUUACAUGCACAUGAAUGUAAUAUGGAGUUGUCCCGCCCCUUGCAGCUAUAACGGCUUCAACUCUUCUGAGAAGGCUUUCCACAAGGUUUAGGAGUGUGUUUAUGGGAAUUUUUGACCAUUCCUCUAGAAGCGCAUUUGUGAGGUCAGGCACUGAUGUUGGAUGAGAAGGUCUGGCUCACAGUCUCCGCUCUAAUUCAUCCCAAAGGUGUUCUAUGGGGUUGAGGUCAGGACUCUAUGCAGGCCAGUCAAGUUCCUCCACACCAAACUCACUCAUCCAUGUCUUUAUGGACAUUGCUAUGGUCACUAGUGUGCGGUCAUGUUGGAACAGGAAGGGGUCAUCCCCAAACUGUUCCCACAAAGUUGUCCAAAAUGUCUUGGUAUGAAGCUGAAGCAUUAAGAGUUCCUUUCACUGGAACUAAGGGGCCGAGCCCAACCCCUGAAAAACAAAACCUGAACUCAGUGAUUUGGAGGGGUGUCCCAAUAUUUUUGGCAAUAUAGUGUAUCUAGAACCUUAGAUGAAGUGGUAGAGUGUAAAAGUGAGUAUUAUUUAUUUCUCACCCUGAACCCGAGCGGAUUGAGGUACGAGUGUUGAGCAGGUUGAAACUCUGAGCAGGUGCGAGCUCCGUCUGACGUCACUGAAGGACACGGAGGAUUUAGCGCGAGUGCUGCGCGUUUGUGUGAGACGCUGGAACUCUGCCUCUCUGUAGCGUCUCUGUUUCCCGUCCCACAGGAAGACUUUGUUGCAGGUGAAAAUGUACUGGUCAGGACUGAAGUCUUUAUCCCACGUGAAUCUGUUCCACUCGCCGCUAAUCUCCUUACCUCAGCAGCAGCAGGGAGAUGAACAGCGACGCCGGGUUUUCACCGCCGCCUCCUAUCAUGAGGCUGAUGUGAGCUGUGAGUACGGUUCUAAUAAAUACUACGCCCUGUGUGGGUUUGGAGGCGUCCUGAGCUGCGGGCUCACUCACACCGCUGUCGUGCCUCUGGACCUGGUCAAAUGUCGCAUCCAGGUAAACCCAGCGAAAUACAAGUCCAUCUUUAACGGCUUCUCCGUGACGGUCAGGGAGGACGGGCUCCGGGGUCUGGGGCGAGGCUGGGCCCCGACGUUUAUCGGCUACUCCAUGCAGGGUCUCUGCAAGUUCGGCUUCUACGAGCUGUUCAAGGCGUUCUAUAACGACAUGCUAGGAGAGGAGAACGCUUACCUCUGGAGAACGUCGGUGUACUUGGCUGCGUCUGCCAGCGCCGAGUUCUUCGCUGAUGUAGCUCUGGCCCCCAUGGAGGCGUGUAAAGUGCGCAUCCAGACUCAGCCAGGCUACGCCAGAACCCUGAGGGAGUGCGCCCCGAAAAUGUAUGCAGAGGAGGGGCUGUGGGCGUUUUACAAAGGUGUGUAUCCUCUGUGGCUGCGUCAGAUCCCCUACACCAUGAUGAAGUUCGCGUGCUUCGAGCGUACCGUGGAGAUGCUGUACAAAUACGUGGUGCCCAAACCUCGCAGUGCCUGCUCCAAACCCGAGCAGCUCGUCGUCACCUUCGUCGCAGGUUAUAUCGCGGGUGUGUUCUGUGCCGUGAUUUCGCACCCGGCCGACUCAGUGGUGUCUGUGCUGAACAAGGAGAAAGGAAGCUCAGCCAUACAGGUGUUAAAGAGGCUGGGACCUCAGGGGGUGUGGAAGGGGCUGUUCGCUCGCAUCAUCAUGAUCGGCACGCUGACCGCACUGCAGUGGUUCAUUUACGAUUCGGUGAAGGUUUAUUUCCGCCUGCCGCGCCCGCCUCCUCCGGAGAUGCCCGAGUCUCUGAAGAGGAAGAUGAGUUUGGCAGGGCAAUAGAGAAAACACACACACAUGCAAAAUCUACUGAAACAUUGCAUGUGAUUUCCCCAGUAAAUCAGAGUGACAUGAAUUCUGCAGUAAAGUUAACGUAUUAAAUGAGCAAAGCUACCUUAAUGCCUCAGUGGUCUGGUUUGUUAGCGUUCUAGUCGUAGGGGAAUGUUCAGAACAUUGAGAUCACACACACACACACAACACAACACAACACAAGCCAGUGAACAUCACAGACACUGAAUUUAAUUCGUCUUCAAGUUUUAAACCAGGAUCCUGCUCAUUUUUUUACUAAUACGUUUGGAACUAAGAACUAAAAUGAGACCGAGUUUAUUAUAGAGUCAGAUUUCUUUCUGUAUAGCGCACAGUAGACGAGUUCAUUCCAAGUAUCCGACCGUGUCUGAACUCGCCUGAUGUGUCGAAAUGCGAAGAAAAACCCCAAAGAAUCUGUCUCUGUGCAUCACUGCAAUCAUUUCCAAUGAUUCACUUCAGUGCAAAAGUUUGUGCACCCCUAAAUGGGUGCCGUAUCUCUCUGAUUAGAAUUAAUGAGAGUAUGAUAUCUGACGGUUACAGCUAGAUACUCUCUAUCUGGACAAACACGACGUCCUAAAGCCGUAUUAAAGAAUACAUCACUGUUGCCUGAAUACGAAGGAACAUCUGUGAACACACUGAACGUCUUGUCUCUAUUAAAUACAUCACUGCAUGUUUGUUCUGAAGGGUGCACAAACUUUUGCACUCACCUAGACAUCAGUCAAAUACAUAAAACAAAAUUCACAUUAAUCCUUGAUUAGCGCUGGAUAUUACAGAUACACGACCCAUUUUAAUCCCCAAAAACAUAACUUACAACAUACAAAAGCCUUUAAUAAAUGUAUUAAAUCCACUAUAUGGCCAAAAGUAUGUGCACCCCUGACCUUCACACCCAUAUGAGGUUCUUCUCUGAAGUCUGAAGUUGUAGAGACCGUCUCUGAAUGAAGGUUUGAGAUGAGGAACUGGAGUGUGUCCUGCACUCUGACCCGAGACCCACUGAACACCUUUAGGAUGAACUGGAACAACAUCAGUGUCUGAUCUCACCGGUGAUCUGAAUGAUGUAGUGGAAAUCCUUAUAGUAAAAGGGGUGCACAAACUUUUGACUCCCUAGUGUACACUACAAGAGAUGUAGGAUCUCAAUAAUGACUUGGCUCAGAUUUAUUUAUUUAUAGGCACCUUGUUCUUCGAGAAAUCAGCUUAGUCUUUAGCCUCCUUGUUAGUGCGCCCGCCUCCCAUGCCGGAGACCCGGGUUCGAGACCCAGUCUGAGCAGUAGCGAGUUGGAUCCAGGGGGGGUACAUUGGUGCCGUGACCCACAUGGGAGUGAGGUUUAGGGGAUGAAUGUAACGGAGGCCAGCGGUAGGUGCUGUGCAGGUAAACCUCACUCCCCUGAUCUCAAGAGGUGCACCAGCGACUGACGUCUAUAGCCUCCUUGUUAGUGCGCCCGCCUCCCAUGCCUGAGACCCGGGUUCGAGACCCGCUCGGAGUGGGUGCAAGUAGGACCUGGGGGGACACGUUUUAGAACACUUGUUACAACCCCGGGGUAGGCCUAAGGGAGACUCGGGGUCAGUGACGGGUGGCUUACCAAAGCACACAACAACAAAAAAUGAUAUAGUAUUUAAUAUUAAAGUCUUUAAUCAUCUUCCCAGCUUCACGAUCAUCUCCCAAUUCUAACAAAAUCCCUUUUCCAAACUCAAACAAUCCUCAUAAGCAAUUAAUAAACAAUAUAAAUCAUGAUCUUUUGUAUUACUGCAUUCACCUCUAGUGAUGUUUGGGCCACAUUAGCAUCAUUUUUCUCGUCACGUUCCGUGUGUAAACACUGCAGCGCACCUGAGUGUGGUGGAAAGUGUGAGAAGAUCUGAAAGUGAUGCUGAUUGUCAUGUUUGCUCUGCCCUCGUGUUACAAUUCUGAAACAAUUUCCAGGUAUCUGUGAUGCGGAACAAACUUGAAAAUGGGACGUGAAGUGUAAGAGUGUGUGUGUGUGUGAGAGCUCUUUCCUGCUUCCUCUCAUCAGCUCUGAGCACGUGUUCCUCUGACCCCUGCACUGCGGCUCGGUGAACACAUCCCUCGAGCUUCCAGGUCACCUGUGAGAGCGCGUACUGCUUUCGCGGCCGCGUGUGAGUGGCUCAUACGUGUUGGGAGUUCAGGCGAUCUCCAGGUGCUAAUGGAGACACAUAAGCGUCACGGUGUGUAGCGACGGGGGACGUGUGAUACGACUUACGCGCAGUUAUGGCAGACUCUUAUCAUUAUAAUCCAUUUGGUUUCACCGGGUUUUCGUGACAGUUCUGGGAAAUGGAGUCUGUUAACACGCUCCUCUGGGCUGGAGGUUAGAGGAUGUGCGGCGAAACCUGCUCCUCUGACGUGGUUUUAAAUCCGUAAUCACGCAACAGAAAGCCAGGGGUGAAAAAUAACAGCUCUGUUCAUCAUCAUGGGCUGGGUUUUAGUCUCUGAAUGAUGGUGUUUGAAAUGGUUUCACUGUGUAACUUUCACCCACUGUAUAUCCGAGCACUUUACUUCGAUUUUUAUACACAGACGGAGGAUUUAAACACCCGCUUUCAACUAAACAUCACUCUCAUUACAGCCUCCUGCCUGCACUUACACACCGGUGAGACCAAAACAUCUGAUAAAUCCAUACAAUUAUCCCCCUUUUUACAUAUUAUUGACUUACAAAGUAAUAUUUCUGUUAACAUUAUACAACAUGAAGUAAAAAAAAAUCUUUUCACCAUGUACACCGUAUAUAAGGUGGCUCAGUAAACGGUGGGAAAAUGUUUACUUUUUAUAAAUACUGUAUAUAUACAUAAAUACACAUUUACACUUUAUUAUUUUCAGCCCCAUUUUUACAAAAAUUGUGCAUGGUAAAUGUUCAUUGACAUGGUCACCUCGUUUAACAAUUUUCGAACA